AUGGCGACUUCUCUAUGCGAAGAUGCAGGGGGGGUGAACAGCCCGAGGCAAAUCAUUUUCUUUUACGAAGGCGUCGUCCAAGAAUUGAAGCCCCCCAGUGAUGGACUACACGAAUUGGGCACCCCAUCGAAGGGGGGAAGCCCAGAUGACGCAAAGGAGAAUUACAAAAGGGGUUCCGAUCGAUGUGAGGAAGGCAGUUCAUUGUGCUUGAGAGGGAAAGACAGCAAGCCAGAGGAGGAGAAGGAGGAGGAGGAGAAAAACGACGGACGGUUGCUCAACACAGAUAUAUUAAACGAUACUGUGCGUAGUGUGCGUAGUUUGUGUAGUGUGUGCAGUUUGCGCAGUUUGCGUAGUUCGCGCGGGGGGUAUUCACUUACAGGGGGGGGUGCUUCCAAGGGAGUGAUUCAAGAGGGGGGAGAACCGCCAGACCAUUCAAGCAGCAACGACACGUUUGCUAAUGAGUGUAUUAACGAAUCGCCCAUAAUAGGAGAAGGGCCAAAUGGGGGCAUUUCCCCGACAAACGAAAUGAAGCACGUGGACCCCUACACAAGGGAAGAAGAGGUAAAGCGGAACAUGCGCGAACGGAUCAGUGGCGCCACUUUCACAGGUGAUGAUAGUGGGGACUCGAGCGGGAGUUUUAUCAAAGGGAAGGAAGAAGACUCGCUGGAGGGGGAGAAGACGGAUGUGAUUCCCUCCAAUUGGGAAUGCUCCUCCCCUGGGGGGCAUCCACAUGUAGCAAAUAGUGCCUGCUCGUCUGUCUCUCCAAAGGAGCUAAACAACCAUGUGGGGAAAACCCAUCCGAGUGAGCAGAAAGAAAGUCCCCAGAAAGACAAAACGUCCGACUCAUCUUCUGAUCAUUUUGCAGACUUAAACCUAUCGGACAGUUCGCUCGGCUCGGCAAAGGGGGUAGUGCCUCCCCUGUCAGGGGGAACGAGCUUGCGCCAACCCGGUUGGGGGCAUUCCCUGAGGGGUACUCCCUCGGGGGAGACACACCAGAAAGAGGAGAAGAAGGAGAGGAAGGAGAAGAAGGAGAGGAAGGAGAAGAAGGAGAAGAAGGAGGAGAAGAAGAAGGAGAAGGCACUGUUGGGGACCAUGUAA